AAUUCCGUCAUCUUCACGUCAUUUCACUUCACUUUGGACUUCGAACUUCAUUCCACCACAAAGCCAUUAACGAACAACUCAAACUCAUUCACCCACCAUCCAUCAACAUCAACAUCAUGAUCCAACCAAAUCGAUCAACCUCAAAUGGCUUGAAAUCAAAGCUCAUCAAAACCAUUAAAUUUAUAAUUUAUUUCGAUUUGAUUCUUAGUUUUUGUUUCAUUUCAAAUUUGAUUUUUAUUUCUACUAUUAUCUUGAUGCCUUUUAAUGGUUUAUUAGCUUAUGAAAUUAAUUCUAAAAUUGCUAAUUUACUUUGGAAAUCUAUGCAAUUCAUCUUUGAAGGUUUAAGUUUAGGUCAAAUUACUUUUUCAGGCGAUGUUUUACCUGAAAAUGAAAAUGCGAUUAUUAUUGCUAACCAUCUUUCUUAUUCCGAUUUCUAUUUGAUCAAUGGAUUAGCUUUAAGAAAAGGAAUGCUACCUUAUUGUAGAUGGUUCGCCAAGUCUUCAUUGAAAUAUCAAUUGCCCAUCUUCGGAUUAAGUAUGUAUUUGAUCGGAAUGGUCAUGAUAACAAGGGAUUGGUUAAAAGAUUCAACUUCGAUUAGUAAAGCAUUUGCACAUCUUAAAGAUCCAAUUGGAAUCGGUAAAAGGAUUUGGUUGGUUUCUUUCUUAGAAGGUACAAGAUUCACACCUGAAAAACGUUUGAAAAGUCAAGAGUUUUGUCGAUCGAAGGGUAAACCAGUCUUGCAACACCUUUUGGCACCUCGCACAAAAGGUUUUGUAGCAGCUGUUCAAGAAUUGAGAGGAAGUCAAGUUACUCAUGUGUAUGAUUUGACAUUAGCAUAUCGAGGACCAAAAGGUUUCAACGACCCCUCAAGCUUACUAACAGUUCACACAACUUCAAACCUAUCAUCAACUUAUUCAUAUCAUGUGCAUGUAAGAAGAUAUGCUUUAAAUGAAUUACCUAACACUGAUGCAGAACUCACCAAAUGGGUAGAAUCAAUUUGGAAAGAAAAAGAUGAAAUCUUGAAUGGUUUGAAUGAUCAUUGGAUUAAUUGGGAUGGAUUGGUUGGGAAUGGUGCUAAAAAAGAUUCUUUGUCUGGUGCUUAUGGUGUUUAUCGCCAAGGGAUUUGGUAAUAUAUAUAUAUAUGUGUGUGUGUUUCUUAUUUUGAGAGUUUUGUUUUUUUGUUUUAAAAUAAUGUAAAAUGAUGAGUUUUUAUGUGGUGUAUGGCUUGAUUAGAAAUGCCUCAAUUUUGUUUGUCCUAGAUUUCAAAUUAUUUAAAAGAAAACAUGGUUCCUCUUCGUUUGUUCAUUGUUCUUUGUCUGUUUUGGUUUAUGUUGAAAAAAAUGUAUCAUCUUUUAUUAGAUUG